AGCAGCACCACUUGAGGUUGUUAUUUUGAAUAGCCUGGCAGCUAUUUCUAAAGUCAAGUUGAGGACAUAUUUAAAGGAGAUAUUCCAGUCCAAAUGUAUACUCCACAAAAUGAAAAGGACUUGAUGUUUCCUGUAAUACAUCGAAAAUAUAUUUACUUUACAUCUAGCAAAGAAAACUGUGAUUUGUUUAUGAAAGACCCAAUGAAGUACAUAAACCAAGAAAGCUAUAUUCCAAACUUACCUAUAAAAUUGGCAAUUAUAGGACCUCCAAAAUCUGGAAAAUCAAAGUUGGCUGAAGAAUUGUCAAGAGAGUUUGGUGUGAAAGUUGUUACACCUGGACAGUCACUGAGAUACACUUUGGAAGAGAUACCGGCAUCAGCAUUAUCAAUUGCCAUAGAAGAGAAACUUCGAUCUGGAGCUCAUGUUCCUUCUUACCUUUUAGUUCCAAGUAUUGAAGUAGCAACAAUGGUUCCAAGGGGUGCAACACAAGGUUUUGUGUUGGAUGGUUUCCCAAAUACAGAAGAAGAGUCACAACUUUUAGAAAAUUUAGGAAUAAUACCAUACAUAUUUAUCAUACUUCAGUACAGUAACAGGACAAGUGAAAAGAACUUGAAGAAACUCAGUGCCAACUUAUACAGUUGUGCAGCUUUCAUGUUCCUUAAAGUCCUUCCUUCUUCUGAAGUUGUAGCUUAUGGCUGUGUUGGGGCCCUUGUUUUUGUGGGAUCUGUUUCUCCAAAUGUAAUUCAUGGGCUUUCAGUUGUGUUUAUUAAUAAUAUGUGUUUUGACAUGUUUACAGUAACUGUACAUUUAAAUUCGUCAGGAAAUACACCUUCUGUCAUAGGUUUAUAUGUACACAUCUUAUAA